UAGUAGAAGAAGAAGGAGCAGGAGCCGGAAGAAGAAAGUGGACGCUCUGUGCGCUCAGUCUUUCAUUUCAAGAUGGCGGACACAGAAGCAGCGUCGGUGAAGAAGAAAAAGAAGAAGGCGAAGACAGUCAGUGAAGACGAAGUCGGGGAGAUCCAAGAGAGCGGAGACUUCUUCAUCAAACCAGAGUCUAAAGUCGCGUCUCUGGACACGUCCCAGUGGCCUCUGUUACUGAAGAAUUUUGAUAAAUUGAACAUCCGGACGGCUCAUUACACUCCUCUACCAAACGGCAGCAACCCUCUGAAGAGAAACAUCCAGGAUUAUGUCAGGUCGGGCUUCAUCAACCUGGACAAACCGGCGAACCCGUCGUCUCACGAGGUUGUGGCGUGGAUCAGGAGGAUCCUGCGCGUGGAGAAGACGGGUCACAGCGGGACGCUUGACCCGAAGGUCACCGGCUGUCUGAUCGUCUGUGUGGAUCGAGCCACGCGAUUGGUCAAGUCCCAGCAGAGUGCCGGUAAAGAGUAUGUGGGUAUCGUUCGGCUGCACAAUGCGAUAGAGAGCGAACACACUCUGGCUCGGGCGUUGGAGACGCUGACCGGUGCUCUGUUCCAGCGACCGCCACUGAUCGCUGCGGUCAAACGUCAGCUGAGAGUCCGCACGAUUUACGAGAGCAAACUGAUCGAAUACGACCCUGAGAGGAGACUGGGUAUCUUCUGGGUGAGCUGUGAGGCAGGAACUUACAUCCGGACUCUGUGUGUCCACUUGGGUCUGAUGCUCGGGGUUGGAGGUCAGAUGCAGGAACUGAGGAGAGUCCGAUCUGGAGUCAUGGGAGAGAAGGACCACAUGGUGACGAUGCACGACGUUCUGGACGCUCAGUGGCAGUUUGAUCACAACAAAGACGAGUCGUAUCUGAGGAGAGUCGUCUUCCCUCUGGAGAAACUGCUGGUGUCUUACAAACGUCUGGUGAUGAAGGACAGCGCUGUGAACGCCAUCUGUUACGGGGCCAAGAUCAUGCUGCCAGGUGUCCUCAGGUACGAAGACGGCAUCGAGCUGAACCAGGACAUCGUUGUCAUAACAACCAAGGGCGAGGCCAUCUGCACAGCUGUUGCUCUGAUGACGACAGCUGUGAUCUCCACAUGUGAUCACGGUGUUGUGGCGAAGAUAAAGAGGGUGAUCAUGGAGAGAGACACGUAUCCUCGGAAGUGGGGUCUGGGUCCAAAGGCGAGUCAGAAGAAGAUGAUGAUUCAGAAAGGACUCCUUGAUAAACACGGGAAACCCAACGGCAGCACGCCGAACGACUGGAGGAACCAGUACGUCGAUUACAGCGUCUCCAAGGUGCCUGAGGAGUCAUGUGAUGCUUCAGCAAAGAGGAAGAGGGAAGCGACGGACAGCGACAGUGAAGCGACGAUGCCUAGCACGCCGUCUGCACAGGACGUGAAGAAAGAGAAGAAGAAAAAGAAAGAGAAGAGGGUGAAACUGGAGGAGGCGGGGCCUGAUGGUGUGGAGCCUGAGGAGGGGGCGGAGCCUGAGACAGAGGUUGAAAGUGCCAAAAAGAAGAAAAAGAAGAAGAAACAGAAAGACGCGGACAUGUCAGAGUGAGGACGGCAGAUCAACAGGUGAACAGGAAACUGUCAGACUCCGCCUACUGUCACCUGUCUGAACACAAAGCAUUCUGGGAGUCUAAUAAUGGACUGCAUAAAUGCAGAAAGAAGAGGAUGGUUUUUGUUUUUUUAUAGAGAUCUUUGAUGUUUUUUCAGCUGUAAAUACCUGAACAGGAAGCCGGUUUGUAAUUUCAAAUUAAAGUCUUUGUUUUCUGUAUUUGUCGUCUUCAGUCAUGUUCAUAAAGAGAUGGAUACAGAUGAGUCAGGAUCAAUAAAAAAGGGAAAAGACA